AUGGUUGUAAACUUUGGAGGAACAACAAUGGAGAGUACUAGUACUAGGUCUAAUGUUUCUUCUACAAAAACAGAGAGAAAAGUCAUUGAGAAAAAUAGGAGAAAUCAAAUGAAAACCCUUUACUCCAAGCUCAAUUCUCUCCUCCCUCAUCAAAACUUCAAGGAACCACUGCCACUUCCAGAUCAGAUAGAUGAAGCAAUAAGCUAUAUAAAGAGUUUAGAGGAAAGGUUGAAGAAAUCAAAGGAAAAGAAAGAAAGCUUAACAGGCAGCAGAAAAAGAUCAUAUACAUGUACUUAUGAUCCUAUACCAAUUGCUACUCCAAAAUCACCUCAUCUACAAAUCCAAGAAGUGGGUUCAGCUCUAGAGAUAGCUUUGACAAGUGGGCUAGACAAUCAGUUCGUAUUUUAUGAGAUCAUUCGCAUUCUUCAUGAAGAAGGUGUAGAUGUUGUCAGUGCUAAUGUUCAAGUUCUUGGAGAUUCCAUUUUCCAUAUACUUCAUGGACAGAUCAAGGGAUCUGCUGAUGGGUUUGGAGCUGCAAAAGAUGUCUGGCGGUCUGGCCUCUGGUUUGUUGGCAAAUUAAUGGGACGUUAUGACUACCCAAUGCGACUCAGGCACUUGUCGAAUGCACCAGCAAAACCCCGCGUAAACCACAACAACGAAAAAUGGAUGAAAUUGGAUGGCAGAAGACCAAAUCGAAAGGACACCGGUGAGCAAACUGACCGGUGGGGCCUGAAAUCUUUGAGUACAAUCAUUAGAAGCGAAGCAGGUUCGUGGUGGGAAAAAGAAAUUGGGGGAAGAAAUCAGAGCUCAGGAGCAUGGCUGGAAGACAUUAAAUGCUCCUGCAAAACCAUGAGCAAAAGACGAAAAUGGGCAUCCAAGAGUGGAAGGAAAGCUGGAGUUGAGGGCAAAAGCAUCACCACGAUACAGCUCAUACGAAGGAAAAAAUUGCACUGA